CGCACCCAGCCAAGUGACCGAAUCGUCGUAGCAGUUUCGCGCGGUGGCAACCACAAGAUGCCGACUCCGCAGCCGGCGGUGCGGCCCGUCGAUGUGGAAGACGUGGACGUUGGCGCGCCGUGUCACUGGAAGAGACGAGGGAAGCGCAAAUCCAUCGCAGAGCACCUCCAGACCAUCCCGGCUGUGUUGUCACACUCUGAACCAUCGCCACGACGCAGCUCGACGUUGAGUUAUCAUGAAGAGAUGGACGAAGACGCUACCGCCGUGGGCGACGGUCGCGUGCGGCGGAAGCGACUGGCGCUCGUGUCGUCAUUUCUCCAGCAGCUCCAGCUCGACGUUGUCAUUCACAAAUCCAAAGUCGAGUCCCUCGAAGGCGACUCGUCCAACGUGAGUGCGCUCCGGUUGGUUGACAUCAAGGCGCGAGUUGGCGACUGGACGCUGGACGAAGUGUAUCGAGUCAAAAACGUGAGGAUCUUGAUCAAUGCCAUGGGCGGCCUUGCGCUUGCGCUCUUGGAGCUGUACGUGUCGUGGAUGAACAAAGUCAUGCUCGACGACAACAACAAAGUCAUCGCGAUCCUCGACGUGCCGACGUCCCCCCUCUCCAACUGGCUCAAGAUCGCCAUGAGCGUGCUGAGUUUUGUCCUGGUCGUUCAGAUCGGGGACUUGUACCGGCAAUUUUUCAACGACGCGUGUCAAUGGGAGCGGACGUUCCAGCAAGACACUGCGCGCAUGCAAAGGACACUGUUCCCGAAAACGCGGGCGUCGUCCGAGCGGACUGUCCGCCAUGCCGUCGAUCGCACCGUCGUGUGGAUGCGGUCCGUCGGGUUGACGAUCAAAAAGUACCUGACGUCGUCGCUCACGUGGUCGUGCGUGGCGGAGAUGACGAUUGCCGCGAUCCAUCCGCCGCCGUACGUGGACUCGAUCGUCCACCUCACCGCCGCGUGCCUCAUGUUCUUUCGCUUGUACCUGUUUUGCCGCGUGUACCGAGACCAUUCCAAGGUGUACCGCCAGCGCCGCGACAUCUUGAUGAACUGCUUCCUUCACACGACCAACCCGACCUUUGACUGGUUCUUGUCGAUCAAGAUCGACUUUGGCAAGUCGCCGCUCCAGUUCAUCCUGACGCUUUUUUUGUGUGUUUUGUUCAUCUUGACCGUGUGCAUCCACGUGUUCGAGCGAGAGUACCAGCCACAAGUCUUCACCAUGGCCAACUCGGUCUGGUACACGUUUUGUACCCUCACGACCCACGUACGAUGGCACGUGGGUCGAACGCGACACUCACUUGCGUAGGGACUUGUCGACAUUGACGCGGUGUCGGUCCACGGCCGGUUCGUCACCGCCGUCAUGCUCUUGUGGGGCAUCACGUGCGAAACCAUGAUCGUGGUGGCGAUCCUGGACAACUUUAGCUUGAACGACCACGGGCGCAUGGUGUCGGUGUACCUGAAGCGCAUGCGUGCGUGGCAGCGCGUCCAACACAUUGCGUCGCGCGCGAUGUUGUGCUGGUGGAGAUGGAAGUGCGCCCGACGGAGCCAUGCUGUCAUCGACGUGCGGCAUACAUCAAUCCGUCUCUCGUGCCGUCAUGCUGGAUGUGCUAGGAAUCGACCUGGCGAUCCCAUUUCUGGCACGCCAUGGAGCGUCUCGGGCCGGCGCGGACCAUAUAUUCAGACUUGGAGCAAGACGAAGGCAACCCAGUACUGGAAAAACUCAUGGACCUCGAAAGGAGUGUGGCGCAGCUAAUGCAACGCGUCGAGAUGCACCAGCGCGUGUGUUUGUGCCGUCGUCAGACACGUGCGCCGCCGCAUGACCGGGACGACCUCGUUCAACGGAUGGCGGCCCUGCGGGACACCCAGGCGAAGAUCGACGACCAAAAGCGCACGAUCUCCAUGUUGCUGGCCAGGGCAGCGGCAGCAUUCCCCCACGUGUAACGAGAUCAAAGUUUAUAGUUUUGAUGGACACAGCAACAAACGACUGGUUCC